AUGUUCAUGCAAACUCUUGUUGGAUCCGCCAGAAUCUGGUUUAACGACCUACCUGCUCAAAGCAUUCGAAGCUUUGACGACCUAAGCAAGGGUUUUCUGGCAAACUUCUCCCAACAAAGGCGAUAUGUCAAAGACGCAACAGUGAUCUUCCAGAUAAAGCAACGUGAUGAUGAAAGUCUUCGUGCGUUCAUUGAACGAAACAAAAAGGAAGGUCUGACUUAUGUAGGGGCGGACGAGAAAAUGAGAGUGGCUGGUUUUAUGAAUGCCAUAACCUCUAAAUAUCUCACAAGAGAUUUCAACAAAUCCCUGCCCAAGACCCUGGAAGAGGCUCUUGAAAGGGCCGAAGCUCACAUCCGGGGAGAGGAGGCUGUAGACAUUAAAGAACAAAGGAAAAGAGGAUCCGGCUGGCGAAGCAACAACCCAGCUAGAAAAAAGGGGAACUUCAACUCCUAUGACAGACGGCCAAAGGGUUCAGACCCUCGAAGGUCUGAAGGCCAGAACCCUUCAAGCAGAGAAAAGGGCAUAAGUUUCACACCCCUCACAAAGACCCCUCAAGAAAUCCUUGCAACAGAAGAAGUUAAACAAAACUUUCGGCCUCCUAGGCCCCUCCCCAAAAGCAGAAAAAACGAGAACUCCACCCAAUACUGUGAGUUCCACGAAGAAAAAGUCACCACACCAAUGAUUGCUUCCAACUCAAGAAAAGAAUAG